AUGCGUGCUGGUAUCCUCUCCAUCCUGUUGGCCGCUGCCCCGGCCCUUGUUUCCGCCAAGGGUACUCUAGGUUUCUCUCUCGGUGACAAGAACGCCGAUGGCACUUGCAAGUCGACUAGCGACUAUGAAGCCGACUUCGACGCUCUGAAGGACAUGUCCACUCUUGUCCGCACCUACUCCGGUACCGAGUGUAACACUCCCCAGAACAUUCUGCCUGCCGCGAAGAACAAGGGGUUCAAGGUUGUUUUGGGCAUGUGGGUCGGCAAGCCCACCGAUACCAACGACCUGUUCUCUGAGCCUUCUUUCGCCAAGGACUGGUCCGCCAUCCAGAAGGCCAUCCCCGGUCACGAGGAUGUCAUCCACGCCAUCACCGUUGGCUCCGAAACUCUCUACCGCGGUGACCUGACCGGACCCCAGCUUCACGCCUACAUCAAGCAUGUCAUGAACGGUGUCCCCAAGGGUGUCCUUGUUGGUACCGCCGACAGCUGGAACAAGUUCGCUGACGGUACUGGCGACGACCUGUUCACCCAGGAGCCCAUUGUGACCUAUGUUUUGGCCAACGCCUUUGCUUACUGGCAGGGCACUGCUGCCGACAAGGCUCACGAGACUUACUUCGACGAUAUGGCCGGUGCCAUGCAGCACAUCCAGAAGGUUGCUGGUGACAACGCCGACAAGAUCAACAUUGUCAAUGGCGAGACUGGCUGGCCCACCGAUGGUGGCUCGGACUAUGAGGCUGCCAAGGCUGGCACCAAGAAUGCUGAGACUUUCUGGAAGACCGGUGUCUGUGGUAUGCUGGACUGGGGUGUCGAUCUCUUCUACUUUGAGGCCUUUGAUGAGUCCUGGAAGCCCGAUUCCAAGGGUGACAACGGUGAGCUCAAGGAUGAGCAGCACUGGGGUCUGUUCACUGCCGACCGCAAGACCAAGUUCGAUACCUCCUGCCCUUAG